GCUUUAGUAGGUUACCUAGCAACUUCUUCAUCGAUUAAAUUACCGGAGAGUUAGACUGCCCGUAAACAACAGUAUCACGUAAUUAUGGAAAAACCAGAGAAGACUGAAAUACAAUAUGAAUAUACCAAAAAAAGAAGAGAUUUCGGGAGACAAUGCUUAUUCGAAGACCACGGACCUGAAGUGCUCAUCAAUAUACCAAAUAACCCUUCACAUUACAAGAACUACAUACUACGGAAUCCAGUGCAUGUGGCUAUACAAAAUACCAGCACCAUGUCAGAGCAUUGGAUUAAUUCAGUAAGAGCCGAAUACACCAGUUCCGGGAUAAAUCACAUAGAAGGCGGCUGGCCGAAAGAUAUAAAUAUGAAUGAUCCCGAGGCAACACAACGGUACCGUCGCAAGAUCGAGAAAGACGACGCGUACAUACACGCCGUUAUGCAUUUGGGUCAUAGUAUGGAACACAACAUCCUUCAAAAUCACGCCAUCGACAUGUACCAAACGUAUUAUUCUGAACUCCCCUCGAUUCCACCGGUGGAACGAAGCAGUUGUCAUACAGUGAACGUGUACAGAGAGCCGGGAACCAGAAGACCCGUGCGAUCGCUUUCAUGGCAGGCCGAUGGAGGAGCUCGUUUAGCCACUGCAUAUGCUGAUAUAGAUCUCAUGAGGAACAAUCGAGCUCCACAAGUUUCUUAUAUUUGGGAUAUAGAAAAUGCUAACGCACCGGAGCUAACGAUAAAACCCACGCAACCACUUCUUGAUUUGCAGUACAAUCCACGAGACCAAAAUAUACUGGUUGGAGGAAUGUUGAAUGGCCAGGUGGGUUGGUGGGAUAUGCGUAAAGGAGGCGAAGCUGCUGGUGUGUGUCCUCCUCACGUGGCUCACCGGGAUCUUGUUAGAAACGUUCUGUUUAUCAAUUCCAAAACGGGCGCUGAAUUCUUCUCGUCAGGCCCUGAUGGCGUAGUAAAAUGGUGGGAUACACGGAACAUGAGUGAGCCUACAGAUUCAAUGAUUAUAGACCUAGUCAAGCUUCCAACGGACGCACAAAGCAUAGAGAAUUCUUUGGGAGUAUCCGCACUGGAAUACGAACCAACAAUACCUACUAGAUUCAUGGUGGGGACUGAAACUGGAGCAGUAAUAGGUGGAAAUCGUAAAGGAAAAAAUCCUCUGGAAAAACUGCCCACCAAAUAUGAAGCUCAUCUCGGCCCCGUUUACGCUCUGCAGCGCAACCCAACAUUUUUGAAAAACUUUCUGACGGUUGGUGACUGGACAGCUCGAGUAUGGAGUGAAGAUUGUAGGGAGUCCUCUAUUCUUUGGACCUAUUCGCAUCGGACGAAGCUCACGGAUGGUGCUUGGAACCCUAUUAGAUUUUCGCUUAUGCUUGUGACGCAGUGGGAUGGAUGUUUAUCGUGCUGGGACUUAUUACGACGACGAAGCGCCCCAAUAGUCACAGCGCAACUAUGCGACGAGCCUCUAUUGAGGUUACGGCCACAUGAAGGGGGGCUCCUUGUGGCGUGUGGAAGUAGCAAAGGAACAGUGUAUCUGGCAGAGCUGUCACAAAACCUCGGAACAGCUGACAAGAACGACAAACAGCUGCUUACUUCUAUUUUAGAACGAGAAAACAAACGUGAGAGGAUACUAGAAGCCCGGAUGAGAGAGUUGAGACUGCGGAUGCGUCAAGACCGCGACGGCGGUCCGCAGGUCACGGAGACCGACCACACCGCCAACGACAAGGACCUCGAAGAAGCCACGGCGGAGUACAUGCAAACCGUCAGCGAACUACAAGCCCAACAACAAAAGACGCAAUAAAAUGUCUCUUUUGUGUGUAGGUACUGUUAUUGUUGGGACUGAAUUAGCAACUUGACAUAUUAUUUAUAAUCAUAAAGGUACGUGUGAGCAUUGCGGCAUAUGCAAGAGCUGGCAGCCAUAUUUAGGCGAUUUUAUUGUACCUACUUACUACUAAAAGGUAAUUAUGCACUAUCACUAAAGAAAACUGUAAUGGAUACCAGCAUCCUUCCUAGCCUAACAUAUGGCAGCCAAACAUGGGUGUUUACAAACAAAGUCAAAAAUGCUAUUACAACCUGUCAGCGUGCAAUGGAGAGGAGUCUUUUAAAAAUACGGAAAGUUCAUAAAAUCAGGAGCGAAAAUAUAAGGAAGAAAACCAAGCUUACAGAUGCCCUACAGCAGAGCCUACGCUUGAAAUGGAAAUGGGCAGGGCACAUAGCUAGGUAUAAAGACGGAAGAUGGACACUGGAAACUACAAAAUGGAAGGGACCAGCUGGAAAAAGAAAUAGGGGAAAACCAAGAAAGAGAUGGACCGAGGACAUCAUUCCAGUAGCAGGCAUAGACUGGCUAAAGACAGCCCAAAAUAAAGACCAAUGGAGAAAGUGUGAGGAGGCUUUUACCCAAAAGGGGUCCACAUUAAGUUAAAGAAACAUAACAGAAGUAUA